UGAUCUCGACAUCUUCCUCUCUACCCCUUCGUUUUCUCCGAUUGAAAAACCUGAAAAAUGAAUUCAGAUCGAUCCACUUCUGGACAAUCGUUUUGUUUUCUUAGUUUUAAUCAUUCAUUGAUGGGUUCGUUUCGUUUUCUUUGUUUCAUCCCUAUUUAUACGAUGAUGCCUUUUCAUUUAAAAAACCCUAAUCGAAAACUCACUCUCCGCAACGAAACACUAUGUCAACAAAGCCAAACGGCAAAUCGAUCAUCUCCUCCUCCGACAGCAACGACGAGUCGAAAACCGGAUCUAAUCCAGUUCAAUCCGCCGUGGUUAAAGCGAACGGGAAGAUGCAUGUUUCCUCCGAUGACAAUCGCGAACUAAUGCUCUUCAACGAAGUAUCACUGGGUCCUCAGGAAACGGAUUUGCGGUUUCGUCUGAUUCACUUCUGGGAAGCUCGAAAUCCACUGAAAAAGACUCUGAUCGGUCUUGAGAUGCUUCUCAUCGACGAACAGGGGACCGUUAUUCAAGGCUUCGUCCCACCGGGAAGAAUCAAAAAAUUCAUGCCGCAUAUGAGACAAGGCGGUCUCUACACUCUCACCAACUUCUACGGAUCCAGAAACAAAGAGGUGUUCCGGGUUGCUGCUCACAGCGUGACAAUCUCCUUCUCCCACACUUCCGAGUUGGCGCCCCUUGAGAACAGUCCCGUGGACUUUGAGGAGGACCGUUUCCGGUUCCAUUCCUAUGAAGACUUCGAAGCUGGUUGUGAUAUGAAAGGUGAUCUUUUCGAUGUUAUUGGACACUUGAAACUGGUUAACGGCCAGAGCCUUGAUAGGCGCCCCUUCAUUGACGAUGCCGAGCUCGCAACCACUCGGCGUAUAUUGGUUCAUGUGCAGUCGCAUGAGGGACCUGUUAUGAAGCUCUAUCUUUGGGACCAAGCUGCUGUGGAUUUCUGCAAGAAGUUCAAGUCUUCUGACAACACUCCCUCCGUGAUUUUGGUGACUACUGUUUACCCCAAACGUUUAGGAGUUGCUCUCACAUCCAUGACCUCUUCACGGGUCUUUUUAGACUACGAUGUCCAACCAACUAAGGAGUAUAUCGGCUGGUUGGGAAGAAAUCCAGAUAUUGCCAACAGGUCAAUGCAGAAGUGGUUACAAAAACUGAGACAUUGACUAUUGGAGAAAUAUUCUCCUACAUGAAGCAGGAAGCGGUGAAGGU